GAAGGGGAGAGCUGGCAAUACAAAUCAGACUCGGCCUGGCCGUUGCCAGCAGCAGGCUACAUCGCCUCUCUCUCAUCGUGUCCCUUAUGGCCAAGCCCACUACUACUACUACACCUCCUGCCUCCUGCCUGUUUGGCCCUUCCGCGCUUGGAUUUCUCCGCCCCUGGGCUUGCGGUGGGUGGUGGAGUAGACUCUGAGUGAGUUUUCAUCCAGUGGGGGUUGUUGGGAUUGAGUGGGGUGCGAGCUCCCGGAAGGGGAAUGUUGGCUUGUGGCGGAAUUCAUUCGGACAGUGUGUGGGGUGGUGGUUGGAGUGAAGGAGAGUGUGGAGUGUUAGAAGGGCACGGUGAGCUUGGAGGGAGGGAGGGAAUGGUGGUUGCAGCAGCAUUUGGAUCUUUCGCUUGGAAAGUGAUGAUAAUGUGAAUGCGUAGCGGUGAUAGUUGCGGUUUUUUUUUUUUUUCUCCCCUCCCUCCCCUGAGUGUAGUUUCUUCGGGGGAUGGAUCCGGGAGUCUGUUGUGUCAGGGUUGGUUGUCACAUCUCGCGGUGCUGUUGUGUGAGAACGAGCAUUGUCAGCUGAAAAAGCAUUUGUCCAUUUGUGAGGAAGAAUCUUUUUGAUGGUCUUUCUUAAAUUCAGCGGCAUUCUAAUUCGACAUCGGCGAGGUUAGAUAGGAAGUCUUUUGUGUUUGGGGAAGAUGGCGGGAUUCCCUUGAGAGAGUUGGAAACGUACAGGGCAUUGAACAGUUGCGGUAUUCUUCGAAGGUCACAAUGUUUUCCUCGGUUGGAAACGAUUCUAGGACCCCCGUGCGGGGAGUGCAAGAUUUUACGACGGCUGAAUACAUUGAGGAGGAUGACAUGUUGAGUGAUGAGACGGAGAACGAUGUGGUUCUGUCUGCACCUUCGAUGCCCACAUCCAGAGCGCGCUUAUCAUCAUCAAUGCGAGCUAAGAAAGCUCCGGGCGCGUGUAUAGACAAUCUCGCCAUCCCGAGUAAAGGUUCCGGGAUGCUGUUGAAGGAAAAUAUCGCCCUCGGGUCCCCCAUUUCAAAUCUGAUUACAGCAGUCGAUCCUGCAGGCUUGGCUUCAAGAUGCCUGUCAAAACCAUUCGACCUUGCAUCUGAAAAUAGUCAUGCCCCUCUUGCGGAAAGAGAGAUAGUUGCGAACUAUGGAAGCUUGCCCAAUCCCCAGUUCGUAUCGUCCCCUACCAUCAUGCCUACUCUUUUCACGCCGGCAAAGGAAAGCAAUGCACAAAUGGGCAGUAUCUUUGAUGACAGAAUAAAUGUCUCCGGCGAUAACCGGGGAUUUUCUCGCGAACAAUCAACUUUCAGUUUUCUAACUGCACAAGAACCUCCUGCACCUCAAACUCCUGGCGCGGAAAAUUUUGCCCUUCAUCCUGCCACUACUCCAUCAUCUGGCAAGAAAUGGAGGGAUGAUGGUACAUUGCGCUUGAAGAAGAAUCUACGGGUGUGGUUUUUAUCUUCAGAUUACAAUUGGAUUGCUGGAACAGUAAUUACUAUCGAGGAUACGGAGGCCGUGGUUCGCACUCCUGAUCAACUGAUGAUCAAAGUAAAUGCGUCAAGUCUACAGCCAGCAAACCCCGAAAUAUUAGAAGGAGUCUUCGAUUUGAUCAAACUCAGCUACCUGAACGAGCCUUCUGUUCUGCAUAAUUUAGCCUUCCGGUAUGCGAAGGACAAAAUAUAUACUAGAGCAGGUCCUGUCUUGAUUGCAGUCAAUCCUUUUAAGAAAGUUCCCAUCUAUGGUCCAGACAGUGUACAAGCUUAUCAAAAGAGAACUCCAGAGAGCUCUCAUCCUCAUGUAUAUAUGACAGCGGACACUGCUUUCAAUGCCAUGAUGCGAGAUGGAAUCAAUCAGUCUAUUAUCAUUAGUGGUGAGAGCGGUGCAGGGAAGACAGAAACCGCCAAAAUUGCCAUGCAGUAUCUAGCUGCACUUGGAGGCGGUGGUGGGUUGGAAGAUGAGAUCUUGCAAACAAACCCUAUUUUGGAAGCAUUCGGCAACGCUAAAACGUUACGAAAUGACAAUUCCAGUCGCUUUGGCAAGCUGAUUGACAUCCACUUUGAUAGAUCAGGGAGAAUAUGUGGUGCAUAUAUUCACACUUAUUUACUAGAAAAGUCACGAGUUGUCAAGCAGGCUGAAGGCGAAAGGUCUUAUCAUGUCUUUUAUCAGCUUUGCGCUGGAGCUAAUAGACCUUUACAAGAACGGUUACAUCUAAAAUCUGCGAAAGAGUAUCGGUAUUUGAGCCAAAGCAACUGUUUGUCUAUCGACAACGUUGACGAUGCAGAGAAAUUCCAAAAUUUGAGGAGUGCCAUGAAUGUCGUGGAUAUCAGCAAGGAAGACCAAGAGCAAUCUUUUGAAAUGCUUUCAGCUGUGCUGUGGCUUGGGAAUAUCACUUUCUCCGUUGUUGAAUAUGAUAAUCAUGUCGUUGUUGAUGAAAAUGAAGCGGUAAAAGUGGCCGCAGCAUUGCUUCAUUGCGAGUGCAGCGAUCUUAUUGCAGCCCUCUCCACCCGAAGGAUCCGUGCAGGAGGUGAUCAUAUUAUACAGAGAUUGACCCUAACUCAGGCAACCGAUUCCAGAGACGCCCUUGCUAAAGCUAUCUAUGCGAACUUGUUUGACUGGUUGGUGGAACGUAUUAACAAGUCCUUGGAGGUUGGCAAGAAGCGAACAGGAAGGUCAAUCAGCAUACUAGAUAUUUAUGGUUUUGAAUCUUUUCAGAAGAACAGUUUUGAGCAGUUAUGCAUAAACUAUGCAAACGAAAGGUUGCAACAACAUUUCAAUCGCCAUCUGUUUAAGCUUGAGCAAGAGGAGUACACCUCAGAAAACAUUGAUUGGACCAGAGUAGAUUUUGAAGAUAAUCAAGAGUGUCUUGAUCUUAUUGAGAAGAGACCAUUGGGAUUGAUUUCACUACUGGAUGAAGAGUGCAUGUUUCCACGAUCUUCAGAUUUAACACUUGCAAAUAAGUGGAAGGAGCAUCUGAAAGGGAAUGUUUGUUUCAAAUGCGAACGAGAUAAGGCAUUCCGCGUUUGUCACUACGCCGGGGAGGUGGUGUAUGAAACCAAUGGGUUUCUCGAGAAAAACAGGGACCUGCUUCAUGCAGAUCUGUUGCAGUUGUUAGCUUCCUGUGAUUGCGCAUUAUCACAGCUCUUUGCUGCCUCUAUCGGAGAUGGUGUGCAGAAGCUGAUCAGUCCCACCCGCAGGAGUUUCAAUGGCAGUACAGAAUCACAAAAGCAGAGUGUGGCUACAAAGUUCAAGGGUCAACUGAACAAGCUGAUGCAAAGGCUGGAGAGCACUGAGCCCCACUUCAUCAGGUGUAUCAAACCCAAUACAUCACAGCUUCCUGAUAUAUUCGAGCAGGGGCUGGUAUUACAGCAGCUUCGGUGUUGUGGAGUCCUUGAGGUCGUUCGCAUCUCACGAUCUGGCUAUCCAAACCGUCAUUCGCAUGAUGAAUUUGCAAGCCGGUAUGGCUUUCUUCUUCCAAGAAGCCUAUCCAACCAGGAGGAUGUGCUAGAUAUAUGUGUUUCCAUACUACAUCAAUUUGGCAUUCCUCCAGAUAUGUAUCAAGUUGGCAUCUCAAAGCUAUUCUUUCGUGCUGGACAGAUAGGACAUUUGGAGGACGUUAGAUUGAGGACCCUUCAGGGUGUCACUCGAGUUCAAGCAGUGUACAAGGGUUACAAGGCCCGGUGCAUUUACAAACAACGACGCAUGACCACAAUCAUUUUACAAUGCAUGGUGAGAGGGGCAAUAGCAAGAAAGCGAUUCGGGAGAUUGCUAGAGAGGCAUCGUGCAGCUGUAAUUGUACAAAAGUAUGCACGACAGCAGUCUGCCUGUCGUAAAUAUCAAUCAAUAAAAGAAAAAAUCGUCAAGGUUCAAGCAGUCAUUCGUAUGUGGUUGGCUAGGAAACAAUUUCUUGCCCAAAGAAGGGAGGCUGAAGAGAGGCUGGCAACUGAGGCGAAGCUAAGAGUCGAGGCCCAAGCUAGGGAAGAAGCUAGGAUCAAAGAAGAAACUAAGUUAAAGAAAGAACGCAUGAUUCACGAACAACAUACUUUUGCUGAUGAUGAGCGUGAUGAAGAACCAGAACUCAUUAAGGUGGUGGCAGCAGAGGAAUUGCAAGAGGUCACCAUCAAGGUGCGGCCCUCAUACCUUCUGGAGCUGCAGCGGCGUGCAGUAAUGGCAGAGAAAGCACUAAGAGAGAAGGAGGAAGAAAAUGCCUCGAUGCGGCAGAAGAUCCUGCAUUACGAGGCACGGUGGAUGGAGUAUGAAGCCAAGAUGACGUCCAUGGAAGAGAUGUGGCAGAAGCAGAUGUCGUCCCUGCAGCUCAGCUUAUCAGCUGCUAAGAGGAGCUUAGCAACGGAUGACUAUUCAAUGCUGCAAACUCCAACGAAGGAUCAUGAUUCUAUCAAUGAUCGCUUUUCUGCCGGUAAGCAUCAGCGCACCAAACGGCAACUCCUGCCCCCCCCUGACGACGAAGAAUUUGAUUGGGAUGACGCCACCACUAACGGCACAAGGAGCCCGGACCAGUUCUAUAACAGGUACUUGCUACCAGGCCGUGAGUGUAGCACCCCACGUGGUGAUGUGGACGCUGCUCGGUCUGUGGUCAAUCACCUAGUCAGAGAAUUUGAUCACCGAACACAGGUCUUCAAUGACGACGCUGAUUUUCUCAUAGAGGUUAAGUCAGGCCUUACUGAAGCGCCCCUGGACCCAGAAGAAGAACUCCGGAAGCUGAGAAUGAGAUUUGAUACCUGGAAGAAAGACUUCAAAACCAGGCUGCGAGAGACCAAGUUGGUCUUGCAGAGAUUGUGCAACGUAGAUUCGGCUGAGAAAGAGAAGACACGCAAGAAGUGGUGGAGCAAAAGAACUACUCCUUGACCAGAAUGAAGAGAUGGGUUUUUCUGCAGCUGGAGCUCAUUGUGACGUAUCAUGUUGCAGCUAAUUUCUUGUCAGCAAUCAUACUGCUAGAAUCACUCUAUCAUAGAAUUGUAUAUAUUGUUUAUUUAGAGACAUUUUUAAUCCAUGCUUCUGACGACGCCCAUGUCGUUGGGUUGGCUAGACGGACGAUCUCCUUUCAAUUCAUAGUAUCAUCCAUUUUUGCUUCACAUUCUCCAUCGUGAAGCCUUUCUUGUCUGGUUCUAGUUUUGAUACCAUUGUCCUCGCGUUUUCUUGA